GUGAAGGUGCGACACAAUGCAUCAUAUCCAUCAGAAGUAAACAAAAAAGCAACACACUGAUAUAAAUAAACAUGCUUUUACUGUGAUGAGCUGCAAAGAUCAGAGAACCCUGUUGGACUGGGCACAUCUCUGAUGAUUGAUGAUUGAUUGUGAUGAUUAAUCACAGACUGAAGACAAGUUUCAAGCAAACAUUUUUUGGUUGCAGCCUCUCGAUGUGAGGAUCUGAUGCUUUCCUGUCAGAGUCAGAAGUCAUUACGUGUCAGGUCAAAGGGAGGAGGGCUGACUUGUUUUGGCCAGCCCAUGGGAGGACAGGAGGAGGAUAAAUGGAGGCCGGAGACAAGCUGAAGCCUGUGUGACCAUGAGGACGACACAGAAACGCCAAGUGUGUAUCCUUCUACCGAACAAGCAGCACCUGGACUGUGCUGUCACAGUGCGAUCCAGAGGCCACGAGGUGCUGAACAGUGUGUUGAAGCAGUUUGGCGUCAGUGAGCUCCAAGUCUUGGGUCUGGCUGUUCUCAGAGAUAAUGAAUACCUUUUUGUUGAUUUGGAGCAAAAGCUGAGUAAGUACUUUGGCAAAAGAUGGAACAGAGGCUCCUUAUCGAUCCCAUUCAUCUUAUUCCUGAGGGUACAAUAUUAUGUAGAGAGCGGGCGGCUGAUAUUGAGCAGCAAGGUGCAGCAGCUCUACUAUGCUGAGCUGAGGCAGAGGGUGCUGCAGUCACAGAGCCGCCAUCAGGAAGCUUUGUUCUUCCAGCUGGCAGCUUCUGCACUUCAAGCUGAAGUUGGAGAUCUGGAGCUGAGACAGGGGAGUGAUGAAGAGGAGGAGGGACAGGAGAGGAAACACAGACAUUACUUUCUUCCUGAAGAUUACUUCCCCUCUUGGCUGAUAAAGCAACGUGGUCGAGACUUCCUGCUCCAGCAGUGUCCGGUGGUUCACGUCGAGCUGAGAGGUCUGUCUCACAGCCAAGCUGUCCUGCAGUUUAUAAAAGAGGCCAGCAGCCUGCAGGAUGGACCGGUCACCUUCUACAGGAUGAGACAGGAGAAAAAAGACAUGAGGAGUUCAGUCCUUCUUGGUGUGACAUUGAAAGGAGUCCAUAUCUAUCAGGAGGUGGAGGGGAAACAGUGUCGACUGCAUGAUUUCUCCUGGACUGAUAUUGACCGCUUCACUUUCCAGGGCCGCAGGUUUGAAAUCUCUGCAGUCAGCUCUCUGUGCCUCCCUAAGCUGGUGUAUUACUCUCCUUCACCUUUCCACUCCAAACACGUCCUGAAGCACCUCAUCGACACUCACCAGGUCCACAUCAGCACCCGAGAUGCAGCCAGCUACAUCCAACAGCUGGAGGACAUGGAGGCCAGUCAGUUCUACAGAGAGGCCUACAUCUGUGACACGAAACGCCUUACACAAAGACUCCAGAGCCUCACAUCCUCCAUGUCUGACUGCAGCGCUGCAGUUGAAACAAACACAGCCUGGUCUAAAGAUGAUGAUGAGGAGGAGGAAGGACAUUCUGCCACAGAGUUUGAGUUCUGUGUGGACGAACCCGAGGAGUUUCUCAUCGACAACCCAGCUGAAGUGUCGUGGCUGGCUGAGCUGCUCCAUGGCGCGUCUGUCGACGGACCCUCCGUGUUGCCUUCCUCUUACUGGGCAGCUGUCACCAUGGAAAUGAAACAGGUUCUGAGGAGCAGAGCUGAUGAAGGGGUUUCUGUUGACUAAUGUACAGCCAGAGGCAAGACAACACCACUGAUGUCACUGCUCUGAUGCUCAGCGAUCACAGACUUAGUAUGUUAUGUACCGAAUAUAAGAAAUUGUGCUUUUAAUCAGCGCAUAUUUCAGCACAAUAUAAGACCAGACAAAGUAAUGAUAAAACAAUAACUGUGACUAUAAUUAAGAUUGUCUGUUUGUGCUUCCAUCUACAAAAUGUUUGAUGAUUUUUUUUUUUUUUUUUUAUGAAAACAAUUGUGGAUUUAUAAGGUGUGUUGUGAGAGUGCAUGAUUAGACAUUUGGGAGUUAUUAAAGUUUUUAAUGAAUGACAUAAUUCGCAUUUGAUACUAAAGUCCCUACUCACCCAUGCACCACCCCCACGUAUUAAUUAAACCUCCUCUCAGGACUGUGUGGGAGUGCACACCCGACUUCAAUCAGAGCAGUCGGACAGUGUGGGUGUGCAAGGCCAUUAACAAGCAUUUUACAAAAACUGGAAACAGAGAGUGUUAUAAAUCUGAGGUAAAUGUGACCCCACAACCUAAAUUUAACUUGCAAUAUAAGAAAUGUGCCCAAUAAUAUAAUGAUUAAAAUGGUUUACUCUUGUUACAUAUUGGAAAUAAACAAUUUGCCCCCAAAAUCACAUUUACACUUACAGAAAAAAUAUUCUUUGGGUCUUUUCUUUUUUGUUCUU